UGGCUCUGCUCAAACGCAGGAUGCUCCUGGCCCUCGCAUGUGCUAUCAUCCUCACACUAGUACAUCCUUCAGGUGCUUAUCAGAAAUGCGCUGAAGGCCAGGUAAAAAAUGGAGGAAGGUGUGAAGAUUGCCCUGAUGGAAAAUAUGCGUCUGAACCUGAUUCGACGAUAUGUGAAAUGUGCACAAGGUGCUUUAAAAAGUCAGGGAGUGAGUAUGAAACCCAUUGCUCAAAAACAUCAGAUGCUAAAUGUCGGUGCCGUAAAGGGUUUGUUCGCAGGGAGAGCAAUUCUGCUACUUGCAAAUGUGAUAUUGGGUCCGGGCUAGAUAACACAGGGGCUCUACCAGAAUGUCGAGAAUGCGAGGAUGGAUUUUUCUCAGAUAAGAAAGACUCGCCCUGCAUUCCAUGGAAAAAAUGUGAAACAAGUGGUGUGAAGGUGAAGGGCACAAAGACUUCGGAUGCCAUCUGCAAUGACAAGAGGGACAGAACAACUACCACCGCUCGCCCUCCAUCUAACAAUGACAACCCCUCUCUCCCCACUGGACACCACAUGUCCCACCCUCCGGGGAUGGAGUCGCAAACCCCAGGGUCACCUCGGCAUGGUACCACCGCCAAGGCUGGCACCACGAAGGACGCAGGACAGUCCGUCAGACCCAAAUCAGGAAACAAAAUUGAAUUGAUCCUCAUUCUGACUUUUGGAAUUGUGGGAGUGAUAAUACUGACCUACGUGACCUGUAAACUGAAUACCCUCCCAUGCAUGAGAAGCUAUUGCUGGCCAGGGGUAAAAUUAAAUAACUCCGUGUGUCGAAGACCAGUUGAGGAAAGUGGCGAUAGCAGUCUCUCUUCUCCACUCCAAGUGGGCCUUUGAUGAUUCCAGCAUUUUGUAAAAUUGAUAUAACUCCGACCAUUUUGACAUCUAUGCAAAUGAAUUAUGAACUAUCUGAGGAGGAAACCUGAGUAGGAGGGAUAUGCAGAUUUGAAAAGCAUGACUGGUGCUGUCAGGAUGACAGCUCAAACAAAUGUGAGAGUG